AUGACUAACAUUACAUUCGAUUUCCUGUAAAUCCUUUCGCUUACGUAGGCAAUGUACGUUUUUAUUGUCUUUUAUUUAAAAAAGCAUAAAGCUGCAUUAUAGAUUGUGAGUAAAGGUAACUUCAACAAAAGCCAUAACCAUAGUUUACUUCGUUCAAGUGAUUUUUUUUUUCUCGCUGUGGAAGUCCACCAGUUGAACUCGUUCGUGACCGCGUCCAAUGCAACCUCAGUUACGCUCCUAACCAGUUGAAAAUACAGUUGGUUGGUACAUCGAGGGAAACGUGCGCUACGUAGCACUUUGUAGGCUACAAAUCGAAUCGGAAACUUACAACAAACAUGUUUUCAUUCUGGAUCUGGUAAAUAAGGCAAGUUUAGCGUGGCAGCCCCCGUGCUGUUGUUUUAUUACCUGCCGUAUUAAAUGUGGAAUUCUGGAAUAAGCUUAAAGCAACUCGUGUUUGAUCGGGAGAAGGGAACUGUACAGCAAUUUCUUAGAAAGAGAGAAGCGGACGAGGCCAACGGGUGAGCACCUGGAAGAGAUGACCUGAAGGCUUACCUUUACUGCAAAGGAGCUGAUAUGCCGUGAAGAUGAGCAUCUCGAGGGACAGCAUCUCUGACCCUGCCAGGACAGAGUCCCGCAAGCGGAGGGAGGAUGUGGCCGAACACCUGGGCCCCAGCCCCAAACGAUGCGCAGACAGACGAAACCGCGAGCAAGAAAACAAGUACAUUCAAGAGCUGGCCGAGCUGAUCUUCGCCAACUUCAACGACAUCGACAACUUCAACGUGAAGCCUGAUAAAUGUGCAAUCCUAAAGGAGACUGUGAAACAGAUUCAGCAGAUUAAAGCACAAGAGAAAGCUACCUCAGCCAGCGCAGGGGAGGUACAGAAAUCUGACGUCUCCUCUACAGGCCAGAGUGUCAUUGACAAAGAUGACCUGGGGCCCAUGAUGUUAGAGGCGCUGGACGGGUUCCUCUUUGUGGUGAACAUGGAGGGGAACAUUGUGUACGUGUCAGAGAACGUCACACAGUACCUGCGCUACCACCAGGAGGAGCUGAUGAGCACCAGUGUGUACAGCGUCUUGCACGUGGGCGACCACGCUGAGUUCAUCAGGAACCUGCUGCCUAAGGCCUUGGUGAACGGCGUCCCCUGGUCCAGCGACCCUUCUAACAGGAGCAGCCACACCUUUACCUGCCGUAUGCUGGUGAAAUCCCAGAGCCAGUUUGGCGAGAGGUCUCCCACCAAUCCCCAGGCCCCCGACCAGCAGCCCCAGCAGAAGUAUGAGACCAUGCAGUGCUUUGCUGUGUCGGAACCAAAGUCCAUCAAGGAGGAUGGAGAAGAUCUGCAGUCCUGUCUGAUCUUUGUGGCGCGACGUAUGCCCCCGAAGGACAGGCCCGCCUGUCCACCAGCUCAGGAGAGUUUCACCACCCGGCAAGACCUGCAAGGUAAGAUCACGUCUCUGGACACCAGCCAGCUGAGAGCGUCCAUGAAGCCGGGGUGGGAGGACCUGGUCCGGCGCUGCAUCCAGAGGUUCCACCUGCAGAGCGACGGGGAAAUGUCCUUCGCCAAACGCCACCAGCAAGAGGUCCUAAGACACGGACAUGCCUUCAGUCCUGUGUAUCGAUUCUCCCUGUCGGACGGUACCAUGGUGUCUGCUCACACCAAGAGCAAACUGGUGCGGUCCCCCAUCACCAAAGAACCCCAGCUGUACCUGUCUCUGCACGUUCUUCAGAGGGAAACGGCCGUCAGUGGGAUGGCCCAGGGGGCUGGGAAAGGCAUGAUUUCGGGCUCUUGCACGACGCCCCCUGUCCAGGGUGGAGCCGGUACAGGGACGCAAUCCCAGGACGGGCCCCCCGGCAGCCGCACAGACGUCCCGGGCAGUGUGGGCGUCUCAAGGGAACAGCUGGUGGGACCGGGGCAGGGACAGGGGCAGGGGCAGGCUCAGGGGGGCAGGCUGGGGUGCCAGGGCCUGGUGAACCACGCCCCUCCUGGCGGUAACUAUGCGCUGAAAACCAGCAGCCCGUCCCGGAGCAGCCCCGCCCUCUCGCCCAUGCUCUCCCCCCGGCUCCACCCCAGCCCGGGCACUCCGUCGGCCCAGUUCUCGCCCGGCGGGGUGUGCGGGGGGGCGGAGUCCCACAGCUACUCCAGCAGCUCGCUCACCGCCCUGCAGGCCCUCAGCAAGGGUCACGCCGUCGCCACGGAGACGCUCCACACACAGAGCUCGCCCCGCAACACCGCCUCGCCCCACUGGCCGAGCAAGCCCGACACCCCCAGUCCUGCCCCCACCCCCGCCUCCGCCCAGCAGAGGGACAAGGAGGCGGGAGCAGGGCACCAGGGCGACGCCCACAACCCGCUCCUCAACAGCAAGGGCCACACCAAGCUGCUGCAGCUGCUGACCACCAAGACGGAGCAGGUGGACCUGGCCGCGCCCGUCCCCGUCCCCGCCCCCUCCAGCACGAGCCACGGGGCCUCCCUCAAAGAGAAGCACAAGAUCCUGCACAUGCUCCUGCAGAACAGCACCUCGCCCGUGGACCUGGCCAAGAUCACCGCCGAGGCCACGGGCAAGGAGCCGGGCCCCGGCGCCGCCCCCAAGCAGGAGCCCGCCAGCCCCAAGAAGAAGGACAACGUGCUGCUGCGCCACCUGCUGGACAGCGACGAGAACCCCGCGCCGGAGACGGGCGCCAAGGCCGAGCCGGGGGACGAGAAGCCCGGCGGGGCGGAGACCGCGAGCGCGGAGAAGCACGACCGCGACCGCGUCUGCGGCCACGACCGACCGCAACAGAUGGGCAGUGAGCCUGGUCCGACCUCCCGCCAGCAGAGGGCGCUCUCGGGCAGCAGUGUUCCCAGGACGGGCCAGCCAGUAAAGGCGACCGCGGGACGCAGCUUAUCCCUGGACACGAGUGUCCCAACCCAGGCCUCGCCCAGACCUUUCCCCCCCCUCAGGAACAGCAGCCCCUACGCCACCAUGCAGCAGCAGGGCAUGAUGGGAAAUCACAGCCCGAUGGCCAACCAGACCAACAUGGGCAACGCAGGGAUGCUCAGUGGGCCCCCUUCUCGAUUGGGCAUGCAGCACGAGCAAUGGGGCAUGCCCGGGUCUGCCCCCAACCCUGCCAUGGCCGGUAUGGGCAACCAGCUCCUGCAACAGGGGGCGGGGCCCGGACAGGUCGGUCAAGUUCCCAUGAGGCAGAGCGGCCAGCCGGGACCCAGGCAGAUGCUGCCCUCACAGAUGGUUAGAAACGCUCCACUGCACCUGGGGUUGGGCGGGUCUCAAGUCACCCAGCAGCAAGCACCGCCCAAUCAGACGGCACCGUGGCCUGACCAAAUGAUGCCCAUGGACCAGCACGCCUUUGGGGCCCAGGGAAGGCACUUCAGCCACCUGGAGAAUGCACCGUGCCCCCCUGAACCUCCAGACGAGGGGGCUCUGCUGAAUCAGCUCUACUCGGCGCUGAAGGAUUUUGACGGCUUGGAGGAGAUCGACCGCGCCCUGGGCAUCGUCCCCACCAUGAACCAGCUUGGGGAACAGGGCCAGUUUGCCACUCAGAGCCCCAGUGCCAAGCCGCCCAUGUACAGCCAGCAGUACGCCACGCCCCCCUCCAUCAGCCAGGGGAGCCACGCCCCCAUGCAGGACACCACCUUUCACAGCGCGGCUGGCCCUAUGGGCCCGCAGCCAGGCUACCCCAUGCUCCGCCCCGGAGUCCGGCCCCCCGGGGCCACGCCCAGCCAGCCCAACGCCCUGCGGCUACAGCUGCAGCAUCGCCUACAGACACAGCAGAAUCGACAGCCAAUCAUGAAUCAGAUGGGGGGCGUGUCCAAUAUGAACCUACCUCUGAGACCCAGUGUACCAAGCCAGGGAGCCAUGAACUCUCAGAUGUUGGCACAGAGGCAGAGGGAGAUGCUGAAUAGCCACCUUCGUCAGUGCCAGCUGGAGCAUGCCCAGCAGCAGAGGUCCAUGAUGAUGCGAGCGCAGGGCGUUGGCCUCAUGCCCGCGGUGGGCGGAGCCUCAGGUGGCGUGCCGGGCGUAGCCACCAGCCCACGGAUUGGCCAGCAGAGCCCCCAGCACGUUCCCUACACGCCCAGCUAUGGUACAGGACUCGCAUCCCCCCAGCCCCCAACCAGCCCCUUCUCCCCCACCUCCCCUGGCCUGCCUGCCCCACAGCUCCUCGCCCACAGCUCCCCCCACAUGGGCCCAGCUUCCCAGGGAAUGAUGGGAAAUGUAGGCGGUGGACAGUUUGGGGCUCAGAUGCAACACAGUGCCUUCCAGUUUCCCAGCUCAGGUAUGGCCCAGCAGCCCGACAUGGCUUUCACAGGAGCGGCAGCUCCUCAGAGCCCCCUCAUGCCCCCCAGGCAGAGCCACACCCAAAGCCAAAUGAUGCAGCAGCCACAGGCUGGCCCCACCUUUCAGCCCUCCUCUGACAUGAACGGCUGGAUGCAGGGCCACAUGGGCGGGAGCAGCAUGAUGCAGCAGCAGCAGCCAACGACUCAGUUUGUGCAUCAGCCAAAUGGCGGAAUGUACAACACCAACCACAGCAUGAACAGCAACAUGAACAUGAACAUGAACAUGAGCGUGAACGUGAACAUGUCUGCCAUCGCCAGUCCCAGCAGCAUGAACAAUCUGAACCAGUGCUCAGGGCAGAUGGGCGUGUCCUCUGCGAACCCUGUGCCUACUUCUGGCCUGCCCCCGAUGGGAAAUGAGCAGAAGUAUUGCUGAGCCUCAUCUCUAGUGGACCCUUGAUGCAACAGCGUAUUGGAAGCAGCUGGCAACCAAUGAAAUCGCAGCAUCUCACGACGGUUUAGUCUGCAUCCAGUAAAAUGGCUGACAUUGGACUCAGAUCAGCCAGCCCAAGCUACAGUUCACAGAACACUGGUUGCUGCUUGCCACCUCUGCCCAGUAACGGUUGAGGAAGGUGUCCUUUUCCCGCCAAGUCCAGUUCACUUUUGAAAACAUCUCAUUCCCGCUCAGAAGUCAUAUGACCUCCUGUCUGUCCAUCCUGAGUGACAGACUCACGUUGGCACCAGGACUCUUGUCAGAUUGAAUGUGUUACUCUCUGGGAACCAGGAUCACUACAGUUACCUCCUUAAAGCAAAGCACUGUUUGUGUUGGACUGUGUAGAUUUCUUUUUUUUCCUCUUACUGUUCAUAGCAGGGUUUGAUGCCCCCAGCUGGCAUCAAACAACUGGAAGUAGUUGAAUGUAUUUGUCUGGGCAAGACAGGGAUUGAAGGGAUAAGAUUAGUAAAUGAAUCACGAGCGGUGUAAAGUAAAUGAAUGGUCAAAAGAGCCUACAAAAUUUAGUAAAAUUGUUAUGAUGGUUUAUAUUAUUAAACCAGUUUAAUAUAGAUUACCAAGAGGCUGAUAAUAAAUUAAAUUAAAAGUUUUAUUUUGUGUAUAGACCUUUUUUUUAAAAAAAGAAUUUAAAUAAUUUAAAGCAGUACUUUGUAAUGAAACCUUUAAACAAAGCAAAAAAAUAAAAAAUAUCGAUAACUUUUUUCAGGUGACAAAGAUUUAUUUAAAAUAUCAGCUGUUGUAUUUUAAUUCCCCAAAAAUUGUUCCAUUUGAAAUUCAUGUGUUAUUUUGAAAUAUGGAUAUUUGGUCCAGUAGUUUCUGUUAAAAAAAGAGGGCAUCCCAUGUUGUUUUAAUAACAGUGAAAUUGUGACAGAUUGUUUUUUAUGUACCUUUUUAUUUUUUUAUUUUUUUCUUCCAGUCUGGUCUUAAUUGUUUCUUCUGAUUUAAGAAAGAAGGCAAGACAUAAUGCCCACUUGAUUACCUCGUUUUCUUAAGGUACAGGGAGACGUGUGGGUGAGCUUUAUCUUCAAAACAUUAUAUUACACAUUUGGGAGCAUAACAGAUUGUAGAUUGUCCUUUGCCUCUCACCAUAGAUACUGUGAUGAAAUUUUUUUUUUUUUUUAAACAAAAAAAACACACACACACAGAGCCAUAACAUGAACUGAACAGGGAUUUCACUGUUGUCAGGUGUGACCAUAGUCUCUUAGGUAGAAGAUCACAGAAUGUUCCACCACUAAUUAACGGUAACUAUUCCUCAAGGAUCAUAGCCUGUACCAGAUGGGAAAUUUUGUUUAACAUGUUUUGUAUCUGCUUUUCAGAAGCUAGCUUUUGCUCCCUGUUUACUGAGUAUUUUAUCUUUUUUUUUUUAAUUGCUGGAUGUUUUUAAAAGUACAAACUUACGGUCCUCGUUUGUUCCCUGGUGGAGGUUGCUGUGCAUGGGACGCUAGGUUGGAGUAUUAAAUUGUAGGAUUGUACCAAUUUAUUCUGAAAGCUGAGGAGCACAGCCUGUGACCCCACCAAUCCUCUAUGGGGCACCUCAGGCCCUCUGAGAGCGGGGCGGAUGUAGUUCAUUCCUAAGAACCAACCCAUAGACCUAUAUCCUCCAUUCACGCAAAAGGAAUAUGGGUGGGUAGUGCAGUUCUGGAUCAGAUGGUUGGACUAAAAUGUAGCUGCAAAGGGGUGGUAUAUCUUUGUUGACUCAGCAGAACGUUGUACUUAAGGAAUCGCAUACAUAACAACCCCUUUCCCAUUGACUUAUACUAAUAACCUCCCUAAACUACCAACUAAAAGCCUAAUUUAACAGUCUGCCUCAAGCAUAAACUUCUUAAGGCAGUUCAACUUUUCAUAAGAAAUAAUUUAGCACAGCUCUUUUAUUGAUUUGUUGCAGGUUUGUUUUUGAAGAAAGAUCUACAGAAAGAAAGAGAGUUCACAAACUCGCUCAGACACAUUCUGCUCUUACUGCAUUGGCUAUAUAUGUUAUGGUGAGGUCUUUUCCCCCCCUUCAGUGGGUAUGACUUAACUCACUUUUCACUUAAGUUGUAAAAAUGGCUCUUAUUUUUACUGGAUUUUCUGAUGUCAUUUAGGGUGUGUAACCCCGAAAAUCGAUCUUUACCUCAUAUACUGUUCAUUACAUGCAUAUCUUUACCUUUUUAGCUGCUUUCCCCCAAAACAGGUAUCUGCUGACCAAAAUUGACUAUCAUAGCUACAGGCUAACUUCUCACAAUGAAUUUACAAUUCAGGUGGUAUUUACCAAAACUGUCUGUAUAUAUCACAUUUAACACAGUUUUUAUUGAGGGUGGAUUUAUGUUAUUUUUGAAUCACAUAAGUUAUUCUAAAAGGGUUUUUACUUUUUGAGACUAGCCAGCCGUAAGCAUUCUGUUCUGUUUGCAAAAUCCAAAGAUUUUUUGUCACUGUUUCUAAAAAACAUACACACAUUUCUGUACAGGAGCUUGUGAAAAUGUGCAAAUAAGGUAUUUCAUUUAUAAAUCCAAAUGAUAUGCAGCCAUUGAUUUGAAAAUAUCUUGUAACUUUGAUUUAGUCUAGAAAAUUUGCUCAUUUUCUCCCUUUGUUUAGACUGCUGUUUUCUUAGAAAUGGGGAAAGCUCAUUGUUAGCCUCAAGAGGCUAAAAUAUAGCACCUAAUGCCUUAGGUCUUUUCGUCUUGUAUAUUACUAUAACAUUAUCAGUUGUAUAAUAUUUGUAUAGUGAAUUAUGUACAGUGUUGAAUGAGGGUGUCAUCACUCAACAUGUCUUUGUUGCUGGAAACAGACCACAGGAUUGUCCUCGACAGAUUCACCUCAUUACCUCUCUUAGUUUUCCCAUUGUAUUUGUGAACAGUUGUAAAAUACUCUAUUAUUUGCACAAAUGUUUUCAUUGACUGUCUUUGAGAAUCGUGUAUGAAAAGGAUGAUGUGUUGAUAACUCUAAGAGGUAGGCUAUGUAAAAUGUAUAUGUUGUUUUUGGGGAAGAAUCGAAUCCAAGAUGGGUUUUUCCCCCGCCACGUUCACACCAAAUAAUCACCUCAUUGCUGUUUGCAGUCAUCGUGUGGGUACUUAAUGCAAAGACCGAUAUUUCGUGAAGGAAACAUAAGCGCAUAUGCAAGUUGUUCACUUAUAUCGCUUUGUGUAUUCUAGGCAGUGUUCAAUGCCUUUGUAAAUAAAUAAUUCAGCAAUUUUUGGAAUGAUGAA